UCUCUCUCCUUUCCUUUUUUCACACACUCUCUCUCACUUUCAGUUUUCCACUCUCUCUCUCUCUGAAAUUCUCCGUCUCCGUUCACUGUGCUUGACGAACUUUAUCUUAUAUCUAUUCGCCAUUGGAGACCCGUUUACAGUUUUAACUCUACGCAAUUUUCAUCUUACUUUUCCUAAUUUUUCUGUUUCUUCUUCGUAUUAUUGCGUACAAUGAGCGAACCUGAGGAGAGGUUUUCUGGUUUAGAUCCAGCUUUCGCGGUGAACGCAUGAGCCAUGCUUGUGUUUCAGGUUAUGAUAUUGAGUCUGGAAAAGGAAGCAACAAGAUGAGUAUGGAAAAGAAAAAGGAAAUAAUUAAUGAGAUUGCUCAAAAGUCCAAAGACGCCACUGAAAUCCUUAGGUCUUUUACCCGCAGGGAGCUACUUGAGAUCAUAUGUGCUGAAAUGGGGAAAGAAAGGAAGUACACAGGAUAUACAAAAUCUCAAAUGAUAGAGCAUCUUUUGAAGUUGGUUUCUCAGAAAUCUGAGAAUAGUAGUUGUCCUACUCUUGCUUUUUUACGAGACAAAACUCAAACCAGCCACAAGAGACCUCGAAAGGCAGAUCAAUCAUCUGUUGUGCUUUUGAAUUCGAAUAAUAAUGCUUCCUUUGAGACCAAUGAGGAAUGCUCUGAAGUCAAAAUUUGUCAGAAUGUAGCUUGUAAAGCACCUCUAAAUCCAGAGUUUGCUUUUUGCAAAAGAUGUUCAUGUUGCAUUUGCCAUUGUUACGAUGAUAACAAGGAUCCAAGUCUUUGGCUGACCUGUUGCUCUGAUUCUUCUAAUGAGAACGACUCUUGUGGAAUGUCAUGUCAUUUGGAGUGUGCCCUGAAGCAUGAAAGAUCUGGAAUUGUAAAGAAUAGUCUCUGUGAAAAAUUGGAUGGAAGUUUUUACUGCAUAUCGUGUGGAAAGAUCAAUGGAUUGAUGGGAAGUUGGAGAAGACAAUUGUUAAAUGCAAAGGAGGCCAGGAGAGUGGAUGUACUAUGCCUACGACUAUCCUUGUGUCACAAGAUUCUUAUAGGGACAAAUUUAUACAGAGAACUCCAUAAAACAGUAGAAUUGGCCGUGAAUAUGCUGACAAAUGAAUUGGGGCCCUUAGAUGAGGUUUGCUUGAGGACGGCAAGGGGUAUUGUCAACCGUUUAUCCUGUGGUGCGGAGGUCCAGAAACUGUGUGCUUCUGCAGUGGAGGACUUUGAUUCUAUAUGUCGUGUUCCCUACAGAGAUUGUCUGCAAAAGAGAGAAACAUUGAACUGCAAGAUCCUAUUCGAAGAUUCUUCCCCUACAUCCGUGAUGGUUGUGCUGCAGUACGAUGAUCAUUUGGUAAAAGACUUCUUAGGCUGUAGACUUUGGCAUCGUAAAGCCAACGUGAAGGAUUAUCCGGACCAGCCUUCUUUCAUUGCAUUGAAGGCAGAAAAGAAGUUCAAGAUCAAUGAUCUCUUUCCUUCAACUGAGUACUACUGCAAGGUUUCUCUAUUUAGUGGCAUACAAGUUUUUGGUGUUUGGGAAGCCAAAUGGGUCACGCCCAAAUUAUCAACGCCAUGUCCAACUUUGGGGAAGCAUAGAAGUGGAGAAAUUAGGACCAUUGAUCUACUUCAUUCUCGGGUGGAUUCUAAAGCCAACCUGACGAAUCUUCAUCCAUGGAAUGGACUCAACAAGAGCAAAUGGGAAAGCCAUUACAAAAACUCUUCUCCAAAGAACUCAAUUACUCCAAUGAAACCGAUAUCAGUUUGUCCUUCCACGCCCUGUAAAACAAGUGAGACACGCAUCCUACUUGGGUUGAAUUGCAAAAGGAGAACUGAAGAGUCUGACUACGAUUAUUCUGUUAGAAUAGUGAAGUGGCUAGAACAUGAUGAGCACAUCGAUGAAGACUUUCGAGUGAAGUUCCUGACUUGGUUCAGCUUGAAAGCAUCAGUAAGAGACAGAAGAGUUGUUAGUGCUUUUAUCGAUGCAUUGAUCGACGACCCGCCUAGCUUGGCAGGUCAGCUAAGUCAUACCUUCAUGGAUGAGAUCUUCUGUAACCAGAAACCUACUUCUAAGCACGAGUACUGCAAUUGGAUAUAGUAUUAAACCUUGUGGGUAGUGUAGGUUCUCUCUUAAUAGAUUUGAACAUAACAUAAUCUUGAGGUAGUGUGAAGCAAGCAAAGUAUGUAGGACUUUUUUUGCGACUAACUGGAUGGUUGAUUUGGUUAGUCAGUUUGUCUCGAACAAUACACGUGAAACUCCUCAGGUUUUAGCUUCAAUGUUGUUCUUGGUUUUGGGCUUUUGGAAUGUCACAUUUAGAUGCAAUUUAUACGGUUCGACAUAUUGAUGAAACAGUUUUUCUGAUGUGUCAAACAGGAAAUUGUAUAGAGUUUUUUCCCCCUCGGAGUUCACGUGGUUAGAUUGGUUAGUUUAUAACUUGGCUUGCCAAGUGGCAUCUUUCUGCCAAAUAAAUAGCAGGAGUAUUUUAU